AUGCAAACCAUUGAACUUUACAACCCCAAUACCCCCAACUUACAUUUGACCCCAUUCACCUCUACUUAUUCCUUAUCCGAGGACGUCAACCCGCUCAACUACCAGUUAACGGCCGAUGACUUCAUUGUACUUACUCAGGCCGAUGCACCUGAAGUCAACAACAACCCCUCCAUUCCGUUCACUCCCCGAGGAUAUAUUCCCCAGUUCUACUUCGAUCGCCUCAACAUGCGGCAACCCGACAUCCUCACUAUCCAAGACCAGAUCUUCCUUAACCCACUUUGCGGGUACACAACCUGGGAGAAUCUCUCCACUUGGUACCGCGAUUUUCAAACAAUUGGUCAUCUCGCUGUCCAGUGGAUUCAGACAGCUCAAUGCCAGACACUUCAGCUGGGACCUGGAAUGGGAUGGGAUUGGGAGGUUUGUCAGGGUACUUGUCUCAAAUAUCCUGAGCACCAUCUCAUCACGGCAGGAAACAUGGGGAAUGGGGGAGACAGUUCAUCUGAAUGGUCGAGUGAUGAAUCCAGUACUUUACAGUGCCCCACCUAUUCCUGCAGGAAUGGGGUCAUUCCAGUGGAAUUCCAGAGGAAUUCCAGAGGAAUCCAGAGGAAUCCAGAGGAAUUCCAGUGGAAUAGGACUGGAAUCAAGCAGAUUUAUCUUAAAGGGAGGGGGUAG